UCAGCUGUUGGAGCUCCACAACAACAACAAAAGAAGGAGCAGUCGGGGGACUGAGAAGGAAACGGACUGAAGGAAAAAAAGAAAGAAAGCAAGCUGAACCACACUGUGACUCCCGAUGUACAGUCCAUAAAUAACCUUUUUUAAAAAUAUCUAUUUUUUAUUUCUUCCGCGAAGAAACCCUAAAGUUUUUCUAUUUUUCGAAAAGUAACGCAUCUACCUCAGUUUUAAGGAUUUUAAUCACGAUCUUGAAGCGUUUACAUCCUCCGUGUCUGCCGCAGGGCCUGUUUUGUACUUUUGCACUCAUUGAAACAAUCCCGACGUCGAGCGAUGUCCAGCCUGCUCCUGCUGGCCCUCAGAUGAUCCAUGACCACACCUUAUUAAUGCACUUUAGCACCUUUCCGGAGCCUUCCCGCCGCCGUGAACCCCGCAGCUGAUGACCAAAGUGUGCGCCACGCUUUCCCGCCGUCGCCCCGAGCCACGUGCCUCCCCCAGCCCCGCCCGCAGCCUCGCGCCCCCGCAGGACGUCCAGGGAUGUUCCAGAGGUUCGCCAGCGCUCUGUUCGGGGACGACGUGGAGGAGUUGAGCCGAAGCAACAGACCUGGGGAUGGAAAAGAGGAGGAGGAGGAUGAAGACUGGAUCCUGGUCAACUACCUGGCUGAAGCCUGCUCCUCUCAGUGUGGAGACGGUCUCUCUGGAUCCAACGUCGGCCCCGAGGAAGACGAGGAGGAAGACCUGGUGAUGAUCCCGUCCCCCAUGGCCAGCCCUCCAAUCCGCUACGCCUCCUGCACCUCCCUCAACUCCACGGCUGACACCGACCCAGACGGCGGGGCGGAGGAGGAGGAGGAGGACGACGACGACACCGAGGACGAAGAAGAGAGCGGGUUCCUUCGCCUGGACGUCGGCUCUCUGGAGGAGAGCUGGUUCGUCACCCCCCCGCCCUGCUUCACCGGCCGCGGCAGCAAGCCCGUCCUCCUGGAGACGAGUCCUCUGGAGAACCUGCUGAUCGAGCACCCCAGCAUGUCGGUGUACGCCCACCACAGCCCCCCCAGACUGACCCUCGACCCCCUGCCGCGCUCCCUCGACCUGGAGCUGGGCCUGCUGCCCGGAAACAUGGCGUCCGCCCCGACAGCCUCCGGUGGGAAGGAGAAGGGCAGGCGUGCUCUGGACGGCCCCCGACACAGGCCGGAGGUUGCAGUCGUCCCGCGGCGCUCCAGCCUCCACUCCGCCUGCUACGCCGCGGCGCUCUCCGCCCGGGCUGGCCUCCUUCAGCAGUGGGCGGGUAACGCCACCCAACGCACCCAACCGCUGUCCCGCAACGCCCUGCGCCGCCUCAACCUGCUGCGCCCGCAGAAGGCCGGCACCGUGCACCUGCACCAGCCCAGCCAGAGACACCUCAACUUCUGAGGCGUCCUGAUGACAUCAUCAUCAUCAACCUCGAUCCUUUAAGCAGUACGGGAAACCAACACUGGCCACACACACACACACGUCUGUUUUCUUCUUCUCUUUUCAAGAAAUCAACACCAGCAACAAGUCGAUUGACACCAUCAGCCAUCAGCCACGCCCCAAUCUGUUCUCAAGUCUGAUUGGACGGUGAAACAGGGAAAGAGGCUGAUGAUUGGUUUGUUAUUUUAUCAGCUCAUGUGGCCAGUGGGUGAAAGGUUCCUCACCUCCUCCUCUUCCUCCUCUUCAGCCUCCUCCUCCUCUUCCUCCUCCUCCAUCCAUGUUUGAAUCCCCCUCCGCUGUUCCGAAUUGUGUCCAAUCACAGAGAAGAAGAGUCGUCACGGUGACAUUCUCUUCUUCUUCUUCUUCUCUUCUUUCUUUUCUCUUCUCGUUCUUUAUGGACAACUUAAUGUGUAGAAUCAAUGCUGUAGGUCACUUUACUCAGUGGCAGGUUCACAGCGUGGCAGGAUACAGCGAUGAUGUCACGGUGAUGUCACUGGCGGGCGGUGCGGUGUCGCUGCUGUCUGGUGACUUUAUGGAUCAGCAGACGUUACAGGUCACAAAUCACUUGAAUGUGUUCAGUGCAGCAGCACAAUGUCGCCAUCCAAUCACUGCAGGAGUGUUGUGAUGUCAUACAGGAAGUGACGAGACAAAAAUUUAAAGGAAAAAUCCCCUCAAAUAAUCUCACACUGGCAUUAUCAGACAUCUGUAGUUGUUUUGGGAGAUACUCUCUAACGAUCUUCGAUGUUUUCACUCAAGAAAAAAAUAGUUCCUACGUUUCCCAGAAUGCCUUUUGACACACAUCACAUGAGAACAGGUUAAUUAAAGGGACGUUCCACUAAGUUAACCUCUCAAAAUAAUGGCCUUAUGAGGAGUACUCCUCUGUCUGUGUGUAUGUGGAGCAGGAAGGCUCUGAGGAAAAGAUUAUAUCAAGUUGCAUUAUGGGAAAUGUAGGAGUUAUUGAAGGGACAGUGCUGCUUCCAUAUCCACUGUUAUGUUUUCAGAGUCUGUCUGUCAUCAGUCAGCCACUUUUAUGUGGAAGCAAUUUAAAAUUUACGCUUCAAUACAAACGUUUAGCGACAUGAAGGCAAAGUUAAACAGCCGGAGACGUUUCAGCAUCCAGAGGGUUUUAAUGUGAAACUGACGGCUGUAGUAACUGAAAACUGAGAAUCAGAACCGAGAGAGUCGGACCUGUUUCUGCAGCUGCUUUGCCUUUUGAGUCUGUUUUCUGUAUUUCUAUUUCCAGUUUCUCUGUUUCCUUUGUGAUUAAUGACUGCAGUUCUAGACCGAAGUCCUCGCUCGCAGAAAUCUGAGGGACCUCACAACGUUACCUCAUGUUUUUUUUUUUUUUUUUUUUUUUUUUACUGGAUCCACAAAGGAGAACACACCUCACUAACGAACACGUCACCACUUACUGUUUCCUCAGUGUUACAACAUUUUGAAGGGACUUUAAUUUCUCUAAUUUCCUGCCUUCAAGUUUGAUCUCGUCAGCAGCGUCGCCUCCUUGUCCUCUCGCUCGUCCUGCCUCCCGCCGGCUGAACCUGCCUCUGACUCUGUAAUUCAGUACUUUUCACAAUAUUUUGAAAAAUGAAAAGAAAAAAAGACGGUAAAGAUUACUGGGUUAAAUAUCACUAAACGCCUUGUUUUAACGGUAGCUUUGAGAUGAACAGAAAUGUAGAAGAAGAAAAAAAAUGUAUUUAAAAGAAAAAAAACUUCCAAAAUAUUUUUUUGAAAAGAAAAAAACAAAUUUACAUAUCAGUAUGAAGUUGGUAUAUAUGCGUCUAUCUUGCUUAGGUAUGUUUGGUUAUGUUAGUGUGCGAUCUGUUGCAUGGUUGUAGAGUUGUGUUAGCGUGACGACGGUGGGAAAAAAAAAAAAGAAAACGGAAAAAGAUUUUGUUUCUUUUUUUAUUAUUUUUGUUUGUUUGUUAAAAUGAAUCUGCAGUCCACUUCUCAGGGUCACAACCAAUCACCUUUACUCUUUAGGAAAAUGCAGAUUUUUACUUGACGGCUGAUGAUUCUUUGUGCGUGCUCGGACUUUUCCAGCUCUUGUCCCGGCAAGCUUUCCCUUCGUGAAAAUGUUUGUGAGAAAUAAUCGACUCUUUAGUUUUAGCGUAUCUUUGGUCCCAGGACUGUGAAAAUGAACACUUGACGUUCUCAGUCGACUGUUGGAAACCCAUCGAGAUGGAGAGAAACUGUUGGUCUUGUUCAGCUGUGUUUAUAGUUCAUGUUGUUUUUUGCUCGAGUGUACCUAACAUGGUUUUUAGAAAAUGUACUAAAAUGCUUUUUAACUCUUUCUAUUUUCCAUGUUAACUUAGUUACAUUUUGCUAAACUGUUAAAAAAAUAUUUAAACCAAAAAAGUAGCAACGAUCUUUUAACCUUUCACUAGUUUAUAAUACUGAUGUUCUUUUACUUGUUGUUUAAAAGUGUUGGUGAGCCACACUGCAGGUCAGAGAGAAAACCAUCCAUCUCACAGAGCAACUGAAUCCUGUGGAGAGAAAAUUAAAGGGGCAGUUUGUAAGAUACGGCCAGAACAUCAGUACGGAAGUUAGCAUGCUAACCAGCUAGCUCCUAACAGCAGUCUGACAGUCUGACAGUCUGUAGGUUGAGCUGGAGAUGUGAAAGCAGUCAGAUCACUGCUGAGUCUAACAAGUCAACAGAAUGAAGUCACAGCUGAUGAUGAGCUGAUCGCCUUUAUUUUAGCUUGACCUUUUUAAAUUCUGGCCAUUUUACAAAUUACACCUGUAAAAUGUUAGGAAGACAAACAAGUCAUGAUCUCGAUUUACUAACUGGGUGAUGUAUUUACUGAUCAUCUCGUAUGUCCGACUACAUAUGUGCUUCAGAAUGGAUGUAUCAGCUCUGUGAAGGCUUCAGAUGUUUUGCAGUGUGGUUCCUGAUUCUCCGGUCACACCUGACUUGAGUUUGUCUCUACGGACGUGUUGAUUGGACGGUAGCAUCAUUAAGAAAGCACUAACAAACGUUUGUUAGGCGUCUGUACGGUUUGCUGUAAAUAACGGUAUAGCUGAGUGGUUCUCUCUGGUGUAUUUAAGCUCCUGUUUUUAAUUCUUGAAUGUCUUUCUCUCUCUCUGCUGUUGAGCUUUGCAAUCGUGGAUGAUGUUAUUUUGAUGUUUUUUGAAAAAAAGGCGAACUUAAAGACAGAAGGGACAGGAAGGAGACGGGCGCUGAUGAUCCGUCUCCUCCUGCUGUCAGGAGCCUUACAUGUUUUAUUUUUUAGUUUCUGUUCUCAGUUCAUCUCUCCAUCAUCAAACUAACAGGGAUUUAUAAUGUUUUUGUUCAAUGCCUUGAAAUUUGUGGAUCACGUGCCUUCCAGGUUGAAAUGUUGUAAUGACAAUGCAUCAAUGAAGAACUUGAACUCCCUUUUUUUUGUUGUUGUUGUUCCUUAAUGUCCCGAGUGGACGUGAUAAAGAAAAACACACAAACAGACGUCAGAAACCAACUAUGCACCACUCGGAGGACUCUUGUUCGCUCUCGCCGCCGCCGCCCGCCCACACAGUGUACGGCUUUUAUAAUGACUCAACAAAACCAGACAGAAUGAUGUAGCAGAACUCUUCUCUCCUUGUUUGUUUUAAAAAAAAAAAAAAAAAAAAAAAAAGUGUGAAGAAUAUUUUGUGGCAUUUUUUAUUUUUCACCAAGUGUUAAAUGUUUAUUUGCUUUUUGUGUAGUUUACUGGAAUAAUACAGCACUUUGCCAAAAAUAAAAAAAAAGGUGUAGGAAUUUUAGGGUUAACUUUUUAUUUAUCGACAUAACUGGUCUCCUUUCUUUGUAUUUUUUGGAUGUAUGACAGAUCAAUUCACUCUGUUGUGAUGUCAGAAAAAAAAGCUAAUUAAAAAAGUGGGGUCAUCUGUUUUGGAACUGUAAUAGUUAAUACAUGUGAUCUCUUAUUAGCCUAUAAUAAAUGUUUUCAUAUGCA